AUGGUCAAUUUCAUAAAGCUCUGUUCAUGGGGAAAGAGUGACUUGGCUAGCCUCUGUCUUGUCUCAAAGGCUGUGAACAAUAUAGCAACUCCAUUCUUGCACCGCUCUGUCAACAUUGAAUUACGUGGAAACUAUUUGGUAGAGGCGCAAGAUGGUCUUGUUCUCAGGUUGCUCGAUGCCUCGCCCGAUUCACCACAGCACUUUGUCCAAGAGAUCACUAUCUUACCGCAUGAGAGGAUGGUAUUGAAGCAACGAGGAAGGAAACAUCUUUCUACAUUGAUAGAGCGCCUCCCAAAUUUGCGAUGCGUGAAGCUCAAGAUUCCCUGUGAUUUCAACAACCAAUACAUUACAAGUAUUGAGAAACAUCCCAAAAAGCCGGAAUUGCACUUACUCAAAGAGGACGGUCUCACCUAUUGUCCUCGCUUACUACCGGCUGUGACAACGCUUAAAGUUACCAAUAACUUUUGGUGUCCUGAUCGCGCAGAGCCCGAGAAUUUCUUGAGUUUCAUCACUUCUUGUCCCAACUUGAAAUCUUGUGAUUGGGAACAGCAUACCUACUUGAUAUGGCCAGAGCGCCUGGAGGGAUUCGACAUGCAUAAAACGUUCCCUUCUGUUGAACACCUGGCUCUUGAUAUGUACGAUCUAGGUAGCGAGAUAUUGACACUUGGACCAAAUGGUCCUUUCAAUUGGUCAAGCCUCCGAUCCCUCAAGCUAGGUGGUUCACAGUGGGAGUAUGCAUCCAAAAAUAUGAAGCUCUUGACCGGACGUAUGGUGAACUUGAGACGCUUGCAGGUCUCGAGAAAUCGUAGUGAUGUCAGCGAGUCGUGCCGGAAUCUCGAAAAUUUCCUCGAGUCUUUCGACACGCUUGUGGACUUGACCAUGUUCAAUUGUUUUGUUCCAUUUGAUGCCAUUGCCUGCCACACCAAUUUGAUCAAUCUUUGCGUGCAUCAUGACGAGACCUGGAAGAGCGAUGCUGUCCGCCAUGUGGCUGAGACUGAGGACCUGAUAGAUUUGGAUGCAUCAUGUCCCUAUAUCGAAUCUCUGGAGCUGGACAUUGAGCGGGUGGACAAUGACUGGCCAUAUGAAGUGUUGGACACCUUCGCAAGCAGAUUCCCAAAUAUGAAGACUUUGUCUCUCCACUCCUUAGUUGGCAAUUUCGAAGACCGCCGCCCAUACUUCACCGGUGGUGGACCUGAUUCUUUCUUCGAACCCUACUUGACAUACAAGGAGGCCGAGAAAAUUGGUUCUCAAUUUUUUGAAGCAAGACAUGAAGUAUUUAGGGCAAGCCCAGAAUGCGUCGAGAUGGUCAACGGAUUGGGGAGAUUCCAAAAGCUGACCUUAGGCGCCGGGACGCACAAAGGGCGCCGCAGAUAUGUCGACGAAUCAUUCAGAGGAACCGAGCGGUUCAAUACAUUGACUUUCAAAUUGCUACCACCGGAGACAGUGGGCGAGGCACCUGCGCUGGUGCAUUCGGAACGGGAUGAGGUGGAGGAAUUGUACCGGAGCAGCACCCAAGAGAGCUCCGAUAAAAGAUGGCUGAACCAUCUACGAUGGGUGGUAGGCAUCGCCAAGAAGGGUCCGUGUCGUGUCCCAACUGUGAAUCCAAGUGGCGAAAAAUCUUACUAUAAAACUCGCGAGACUCGCCAGCUUGGGCCCGUUGCGACUCGCCGGUCAGGGAGGCUUGCGCAAGUGCAAGACUGA